AUGGCCAAUUGGAUCCAACUCGGUUCGGAUAUGGCGUAUGCAUUCCUCACAAUGGCGCUAUCUGUUGACUCUAUCCAUUGUCUCGUACUUCUCUACGCCGACCGAGGCAAGCUAGAUGAAGCGGAGAAGAUAUACCAACGAGCGCUGGCUGGAUAUGAGAAGGCGCUGGGUACCGAUCACACGUCGACACUCGACAGGGUCAACAAUCUCGGUCUGCUAUACGCUAAACAAGGCAAGCUGGAGGAGGCGGAGACAACGUAUCGACGAGCUCUCCAAGGAUUUCAAAAGUCACUUGGAGCAGACCAUCCUUCGAUCAUGACAGUUAUGACCAACUUGCAAGCGCUGCAGACUCCGUUUGGCAGAGACGCAAGACCGAACAGUACUCAGAAUGCGGCACCAUCAACCAAUGACACCCGUAAGAAGUGGUGGAAAUUCAAAAAGCGAAGCUAG